AUGGCUACUUCAGUGGGCCGUCUUCAAGGCAAGAAUGCUAUAAUUACUGGCGCUGCAGGAGGAAUCGGUCUCGAGACUAGUAUCCUCUUCGCCCGCGAAGGUGCCAACGUCCUCAUGGCGGACAUCUCUGCCUCUGCCCUCGAGAAAGCUCUCACCAAAGUGAAGGAGGUUGUUCCCAAUGCCGCACGAGUCGAAACCUUCAAGUGUGAUGUUUCCAAGGAGUCCGAGGUACAAGCGAUGGUAGAGUCUCAAGACAGCUGGGGCGGAACCGACGUGAUCUUCAAUAACGCGGGUAUUAUGCACGCCGACGAUGCUGAUGCCGUGGACACGCCAGAGAAGAUUUGGGAUUUGACACAGAACAUCAACAUGAAGGGGGUAUGGUUUGGAUGCAAGCAUGCCGUACUCAGUCUCCGUCGUCACAAGAAGACUAAGGGUAGCAUUAUCAACACUGCUAGUGUAGUUGCCUUAGUGGGCAGUGCCACUCCUCAGCUGGCGUACACUGCCAGCAAGGGCGCGGUGCUGGCCCUGACCCGUGAACUGGCCAUUGUGCAUGCUCGGGAGGGCUUCCGCUUCAAUGCACUGUGCCCCGCCCCGCUAAAUACCCCGCUCCUGCAAGACUGGCUGGGCGAUGAUAAGCCUAAGCGGUUCCGUCGUGAGGUGCACUUCCCGACCGGACGAUUCGGUGAGGCCAUUGAACAGGCGCAUGCAGUUGUUUUCCUUGCCAGCGACGAAAGCAGCUUCGUCAACGGUCACGAUUUUGUUGUUGACGGUGGAAUGUCCAAGGCAUACGUCACCCCCGAGGGCCCAGCUACCCCUGCUCCUAAGAACUUGGCCCACUAG